AUGGCCGCAGGAAUCAAGACCGUGAUCCUCCUCUCCUUCGUCUUGGCCGUCGGCUUCCUCAUGAUCAUUCUAUCCUGUGCAUUAUGGGCAAACUGGCUUCCCCUUCUUGUUGCCCUCACGUUCGUCAUGGCGCCACUGCCCAACGCGCUCUUCUCGCACUGCGGCGCCGACGACUUCUCCGACUACGAGUCCUCCCACGGCCCGGCCGACCUUGGCCGCUUCAUCACCUCCAUCUUUGUCGUCACCGGAUUUGCGCUGCCAUUGGUACUCGCACACUCAGAAGUCAUCACGCCAGGAGCGAGCGUCAUGUCCAUCAUCGGCGGCGGACUCGUAUACGGCACUAUCCUGGCGUACACUGCGACAUUCCGCCAGAGCGAGGACGAAUUCGAAUAG